UUCACUGAACCCAAUUAUCCAAAAUAGGAAAAGAGGAGAAAAAACCCUCCAAAACCCUAAAUCUAACCGGCACAACCAAUUUGUGAAUAGACAGAAAAGAAGAGAAAAAGAAAGGGUAGAACAGAUAGCAAAGGCUGUUCUUCACUUAUUCAGCAUAAUUUUUGGAUUUAAAUUUUGGAAUUGAGGCGUUAUGGAAAAUAAAGAUGCAAAAGAUCCAUUCAAAGGGGUGGAUUGGAAAGCUGUUGGCGGUGAAAUGCAGAAAAAUCCGAGUGUUCAACCAUCCUUGAAGAAACGAUUACCCAACAGAGUAAGGCAAAUUCCUGAGUACUAUUUCCUUCCUCGAUGGCCGCUUCCCAAAGCCAUUUUAUUUUGCAGUGCAUGCAUUGCUGCUGGUGUGGCUGCUGGAAUGGUUGGUGAGGCCUGGAUUGAAAAGAAAGUUAAAGGCACAGUUUUCGCAUCUCAUUUCAGUCGAGCACAAACACACAGCACAGUUCCUCUUCUUCGCCUUCUUUCACUCGUUGGCACAGUCCAGGCUGCACACACAAACACCACACCACCACUGUUUCCACAGGUUCACUGCUUCCAGGGCACACAGACAGCACAGCUUCUCGCUGGUGGCCAAAGAUUGGUGGAUUGUGCUAUAUUUAUUUUGAUACUGUGUUGUAGAUAUAGUAGUGUAGAUGAUUAGAAGCUGGGGUAUAAUCUGCGUUUGGUUGGUAUCCGAUGAAUCAGACAACAUCUGUUUUCCAUAUCUGAUGUAGGCUGAAUUGGAUAUGCAGAUCUGAUUCAGCCCCUUCGGCUUUGCAUAUCCGACCAAAUGCUGAUCCGCUUUUUACCUCUGUAUGCUAGUUCUUCGACCUUUCCCGUAUGUUUUGCUCUGUCUCUUUCCAACCUAAAUUGUACAUUACCUAUACUCCAUAUUACUAUAUAUUAGUAUGUUGUGGUAUAUUUGAAUCUGUUGUUCAGUUGUUUAGUAGCAUAAUAACAUCUUAUUUAUGUAAAUAACACUCUGAAUCUGACGUUGGUGCUGAAUGGGAGGAAAAAGUGAGUGUUAUGUGGUUGAGUUAAAUAGAGAAAAGGGAGGAGUUUUGUUUGGUGAAGGUGUGUGAUUUAGAAUGUUUUUUUAGAACUUAUGGUGGAUGAGUGGGAGCGAAUUGAUCUCAUUGUGACCACUGGCAGCCAUGGAGUAAUUUGCAAGAUUAGAAUAUAUCUAUACAUAUAUACAUAUAUAUCUACAUAUGUAUACAUACAUAUGUAUACAUAUAUAUAUAUAAGGUGUUGUUUUCCUUCAGGUCUCUAUGGAAUGCUUGGACAAAUCCAUUCUUGUAUUUGACAGUUAUUGAAUUCAAAGCUUUUUUACAAGCAAACAGUGCUCACGUCACAACUCUCAUCGUGUCG